UCUAUAUUCAAAAGUCAUCUUUGAUUAUUUUUUCAAAGUGUGUGGUACUGGGUAAUGUUUUCAGAUGUAAAUUCUCAACUCCACCUUUGUAGAUAGAGUGUGAAAGCCUGAGAGAAUGGUCAACAAGUGGAUCUGGCUGUAUUCCCACAAAACUAUUUACAAAAACAGGUGGUCUAGGCCCUGUGUUACUGACCCUUGAUUUAGAUGAUUAUGUGGCUUUUGCGUUCUCAUUUGGAGUUGGGCAAGUAGAGCCCAUGAACUGAAUCUGGGCCUGUGCCUGUUUUUGUUAAUAAAGUCUUAUGGGAACUCAGCCACACCUAUUUUUUUUUUUUUAAUAUGACUGCUUUUGAGCUAUAGUAGUAUAGUUGAGUAGUUGCUACAGAAGCCAUGUGCAUUAUAUUUUUUUCCCUUUUAAAAUGUAGUUAUGUAUGUUUAAAAAUAUAUAUAUUAGUUUUAUUCACACUAGAGAUUGCAAAAUAACAUACAGUUUGUAUUUGUCGAAGUAUUAUGGUAAUUAGUACUUUUAUAUUCUUCUCUGUCUAUACAGAGAUUUUAUUUUAUUUAAAAAAAUUUUUUUUUUCAACAUUUAUUUAUUUUUGGGACAGAGAGAGACAGAGCAUGAACGGGGGAGGGACAGAGAGAGAGGGAGACACAGAAUCGGAAACAGGCUCCAGGCCCUGAGCCAUCAGCCCAGAGCCUGACGCGGGGCUCGAACUCAGGGACCGUGAGAUCGUGACCUGGCUGAAGUCGGACGCUUAACCGACUGCGCCACCCAGGCGCCCCUAUACAGAGAUUUUAGAACAGUUUUUCAUUCACCACUUCUAUGUUAUAUGCUGCCAUGGAAUACUUUAUUUUUUACUUUAUUUAUUUUAUUUUAUCAUUAAUAUUUUUUAAUGUUUAUUUUUGAAAGAGAGAGAGAGAGAGAGAGAGAUACAGAGUGUGAACGGGGGAGGGGCAUACAAAGAGAGAGGGAGACACAGAAUCCUAAGCACUCCAGGCUCUGAGCUGUCAGCACAGAACCCGACGUGGGGCCCGAACCCCUGAAACUCGAGAUCAUGCCCUUAGCCAAAGUCUGACACUUAACUGACUGAGCCACCCAGGUGCCCCUGUCAUGGAAUAUCUUAACUCUUCAUGUUUUUAAAACCUUCUGAGAGAUGAUCAUUAUUAUGUUUCCAGUUGGUACUGACUGACUUCAACUCUUAUUUACCAGUUUUAUUUCUCUUGACUCCUUGCUCCUCUGCUUGCAUUGGAAGAUCCUUUCCUUUUGCUUGAAGAACCUUCUUAUUUGCUGUAACACAGGUCUUCUGAUGAAGAAUACUGUGUGCUUUCGCCUGAAAAUUCAGUUCUAUUUCCAAAGAAUGUUUUUGCCAACUAUCCUAUACAGGUUUAUACUUAUAAUACUCUACAGAGUAUGAAGAACUGGAUGGCAAUGAGAAAUUAUGAAGACAAUGUGUUAUUAUUUGCUUAUUAGCAUGAUGUUCUCAAAACCAAAGUGUAUGUCCCCUAGGAUGUAAAAAGACUUUUGCAGAGGUAGAUGGACAUGCAUGAUUUAAGAUAAAAAUGUGUAUCUCUUACUGUCUGUGUGUCCUCUUUCCUAAAAAUGAUGUGCCUGAGGAGGCCCCUGCCACUUGGCCCAGAGCACUUAAUAAAAAGACCGAUUUUUUUUUAAUUUUUAAAUUUUAGUUAACACACUGUGCAAUAUUGGUUUCAAGGAGUAUAAUUCAGUGAUUCAUCACUUGCAUACCACAGCCAGUGGGGGGCGCCUGUGUGGCUCAGUUGGUUAAACAUACAACACCCAGUGCUCAUCCCAAGUGCCCCCCUUAGCACCCAGCACCCAUCUAGCCCAUCCCCCACCCACCUCCCUCCAUCACUCCUCAGUUUCUUCUCUAUCAUGAAGAGUCUCUUUGUUAUGCCCAGAAUUCGUGAUCCCCAAAGACCACCAGGGAGCCGAGUCCGAUGCAAAAGCAAAAGAGCCUUUAUUCGAGCUAGCUCGAGCUCAAUCCCCUACCUGUACCCACACAGCGGUGAGAUACCAGGGAGAGAGAGCGAGUUUCAAAAGCACAAAGGUUUUAUUGGGGUCUAGGGGCAGUUGGUGAGGUAAUGGCUGUGGCCUCAGCCGAUUGGCUGGGGAAGGGUCGUGGCCUUGGCCGAUUGGCUAGGGAAGGGUGGGAGUCCUGUUACUCAAGAGGAGGAGGCGCGGUCCUCCGGCAUAGGCCCACCCCUUCAUCUUGUGGUUUUUUUCCCUCUCUUUUCAAAAAGACAGAUCUUUGGGGGCCUUGGUUUAAGGUGAAUGCAUAGCGACAGUGACAAUAUUUGGGCCUAAAGAGAUUGUGCCGCUCAGAGUAAUUUGCUUUUCAGCCUGUAGGUGCUGGCUCCCCAGGGACAAGAGGAAUCCAGGGAAAAAGGAGAAGAUUCCAAGACUUAGGCAUCAGCAUUUCUGGGGAAACCUUUGACUGGAGACUGAGAUUUUUGAACAGAAAUUUAGAGCUGAUCCAGAAGAGCUAAAGACAGAGCAUCCCGGUUAGCAGCCAUUUCCCAAAAUCAGAAGAAGAUGAUCCAGGCCCAGGAAUCCCUGACAUUUGAGGACGUGGCCGUGGGCUUCUCCCGGGAGGAGUGGCGGCUCCUGGCCCCCGCCCAGAAGGACCUGUACCGGGACGUGAUGCUGGAGAACUACAGGAACUUGGUGUCCGUGGGGUAUCUCGCCAGCAAACCAGAUGCACUCUCCAAGUUGGAAGGAGGAGAACUUUGGACAACAGAAGAUGAGAUCGACAGUCGAAUCUGCCCAGAAAUCAGGAAAGUUGAUGAUCCCCUGCAGUGUCAGUUACAAAAUCGAAGCAUUCAGAAGAGUGUGGAACAAUGCUGUGAACAUAAUACAUUUGCAAGCAUUUUUAACCAGAGUGAAAGUGAUUUUCUGUUGAAACAAAAUUAUGAUAUGUUUGAUUUACGUGAAAAACCUUUAAAAUCAAAUUCAAGUUUGGAAAGCCAGAGUAUAAGCUGUGAUUUGGAGAACUCUGCUGAGUUUCAUGAAGAUGGGAAAUCCCUUCUUUAUGGUAACCACGAACAAUUUUAUAGUGUAAAUAAAUUUCCUGCAGGUGUAAAACCCAUUAAUAAUAAUUCCCAGGUCAUGAAACAACAGAGAACUCAAAAUACGCAGAAAGCCCAUGUAUGCAGUGAAUGUGGGAAAGCCUUUGUCAAGGUGUCUCGGCUCACUGAUCAUCAGAGAGUUCAUACUAGAGAGAAACCUCAUGGAUGCGGUAUGUGUAGGAAAGCAUUCUCCAGAAAAUCCAGGCUAAUUGAACAUCAGAGAAUUCAUACAGGACUGAAACAUUAUGAAUGCACUGAAUGUGACAAAACAUUUCCUAAGAAAUCACAAUUCAACAUACACCAGAAAACUCAUAUGGGGCAGAAGCCUUAUACAUGUAAUGAAUGCGGGAAGGCGUUCAUCAAGAAAUGUCGGCUCGUUUAUCAUCAGCGAACUCAUACAGGAGAGAAGCCCCAUGAAUGCAGUCUAUGUGAGAAAGCCUUCUCUACAAAGUUUAGUCUCACUACGCAUCAGAAAACUCAUACAGGAGAGAAACCAUAUAUAUGCAACGAAUGUGGAAAAGGCUUCAUUGAGAAGAGGCGUCUUGUUGCACAUCAUCGAACUCAUACUGGCGAGAAACCUUUUAUAUGCGAUGAAUGUGGGAGAGGUUUCACCCUGAAGAACAGUCUUCUCACACAUCAGCAAACUCAUACAGAAGAGAAAUUGUAUACAUGCAGUGAAUGUGGAAAAGGCUUCUCAAUGAAGCACUGUCUCAUCGUACAUCAGCGAACUCAUACAGGAGAGAAACCCUACACAUGCAGUGAGUGUGGAAAAGGCUUCACCUUGAAGAGUCCGCUCAUCAGACAUCAGCGAACACAUACGGGAGAGAAACCCUAUGUGUGUGGUGUAUGUGGAAAAGGCUUCACCAUGAAGAGUGAUCUCAUUGUACAUCAGCGAACUCAUACUGCAGAGAAACCCUACAUAUGCAGUGAUUGCGGGAAAGGCUUCACCGUGAAGAGCCGCCUGAUUGUACACCGGCGAACUCAUACGGGCGAGAAACCCUACGUAUGCAGUGAAUGUGGGAAAGGCUUUCCAGCAAAGAUACGGCUGGUCGGACAUCAACGAACUCACACGGGAGAGAAGCCCUAUAUAUGCAGUGAAUGUGGAAAAGGCUUCACAGAGAAGAGUCAUCUCAACGUGCACAGGCGCACUCAUACAGGAGAGAAACCCUAUAUAUGCAAUGAGUGUGGCAAAGGCUUAACUGGGAAAAGCAUGCUCGUUGCACAUUUGCGAACCCAUACCGGAGAAAAACCGUAUAUAUGCAGUGAGUGUGGAAAGGGCUUCACCAUGAAGAGUACUCUAGGUAUACAUCAACAGACUCAUACCGGAGAGAAGCCAUACAAAUGCAACGAAUGUGAUAAAGCCUUCCGGAAGAAGACCUGCCUCGUACAACAUCAGAGAUUUCACACGGGAAAAACCUCCUUUGCAUGUACCGAAUGUGGAAAAUUUUCUUUGCGCAAAAAUGAUCUCAUCACCCAUCAGAGAAUUCACACAGGAGAGAAACCAUUUGAAUGCAGGGAAUGUGGGAAAGCCUUCACGACCAAGUCAGGGCUCAAUGUUCAUCAAAGAAAACAUACCGGAGAGAGGCCCUAUGGAUGCAGUGAUUGUGGGAAAACUUUUGCCCACUUGUCAAUCCUUGUUAAACACAAGAGAAUUCACAGAUAGUCACUUUGGGAAAACCUGUUGCCAGUUGUAGGCCCUCAAGAUAAUAUUUUGCAAUGAAGAAUGAAUGCAAAGAAUGGUAUUAUCUUUAGUGAUCAGUUGUGUCACAUUUUAUGUUGACAAAAAACUUACAAAACUGCUCGCGCAGUCAGCCUUGAUGAAAAUAUCUUAGGACGUUAUACAUCUAAAAAGUGUUGACUAAGAUAGAUUCUAUGAAUGUGACAGACUAGGAAAGCCUUCAGUGGGAAGAAGACCUAUCACGUGAUCAUCACAGAUCAUGAACGACUAGGAAAGCCUUUGCCCAGAAGUUAAGACCUCAGUAGAUGUUAAUUCACACUAGAGAAGUACUUUCCUAUGGUAAUAAAUAUAGUCCGGUCUUGAAGUAACGUAUUUGCCAGGAAAUCCACACAGAAAUAACUUAGGAACACGUUCAAUGUGGUGGGCUUUAGCCAAAUACCAGACAACUUAAGGAAAGAGGCCUUGGGGAAAUGAUGCAUGAGAGCGUUCUGUCAUAUGUCUAACAUAACAGACAAUACACCUCUCAGACAUUGAGAACAGGAUACCUUCAGCCAUAUGUCUGACUGCCUUGUCAUUGAUGUUAUCAAUUUUAAAUCGUGGCAGUUACUCUUAUCAUGUAUUAAAUUUUAAUAUGUACAACG